AUGCCAGAUAUCACAGACCCAAUCUUUGCAUCUCGUCUUGCCAUCCUCCAGGACCUGUUCGCCAACAACAUAUCCGCCCCAACAGCUGCUAAACAGUUAGCUUCAACCACACUCUCCGAGGAUGCAUCGCUCGAAGAACGUCUCAGUCGCCUCUGGGACUUGAUUCUUUCUUCAGCAUGUAAAUAUCCCGAGCACCAAGAUAAGCUCGUUGGCGUCGUUGUGGAUCUCUCCCAGCUUCCCAGCCCCGCCCCCGCAGAGGCAGGAGCUGAAGGACCAGGACCUUUGACAAUCUAUGACAUGCAAGUCUGGAAGGACCUUCCAAUGCUCGGCUGGCGCUUCCGGGACUCUUGGAACAUUUCCGUGCGUCCCAAUAGCAGCUCCGAAGACCGACAAAAGACAAUCUCGGACAUCAUCAAUACAAACAAAUUCGUUGCCCUUCUUAUGGCAACCGAUGAUCCUAUCUUUGCGUCCUACUCUUGGUUUGCCUUGAUUACGCUCCGAAGCACCCUCGAGACACCGACGGAGCAAAUACGUCCCGCAGAGUCCUUGGAGGCACUGAUUCCUGCUGCAGCGGCGUGGAUUGAGACCUUGGGCGUGGAGAUCUACAAAUGGGAGGAAGAAUUCGAGUCUGGGCCUAAGGUCGGCGCGAGGGGGAAGGGUGGUCCGUUGUGGGAUGGGAAACAUGGCUUCUGCAAGGAGAGAUGGGAGCUCUGGCGGAAGAGGUUUGGCGAGGUGGCUAGGAUGGAGGGGGAGCUUCCGGAGGGUGUGAAGAAAGUAGCACAGGAUGCGGAAACAAUGAUGAAAGAGAUUGAGGCCGGAGAUGUUGAGUGA